UGUCAGAAUUAUGUGUGACUACGAAUUCCAUCCACCAAAAACUCCACAAUUUCCAUCUACGCGUUCCUUGGGGUCUCACUGUAGUUGCUUUUGAAUUAUACAUUAUCGUUUUUAGUGCUGUGGGUUUUGAGACAAGCAAGGGAGUCUCUCAGCAUUUUCCUUUCAUUUCUCUAUGCCCUCCAUAUCCGUCUUUAUAUAUAAAGACAAGCAGCUAUUAUAUUCACCUAGGCCUCCAUAUAUAUCCAUUAUUCCAACUUCAUCAUACACUAGUAACUUUUCUUGUCUUCAUUUUUUUCUGGUUUGGUCAUUUGCAAACUUCAUAUCCAUCCAUUUUACUAUUCUCCUUGGUAUAAAAAGUCUCUCGCUUUCUAAUUUCCUAUCUCGGUAAAGAGAGAAUGGCUGAGUUGUAUGAUCUGGUUCCUGAAAAUAAAGAAUGGGUUUCAACAAAGAGCAAAAUUAGAAACCCUGGCGUACUAUCAGAAGACAAGAAGCUGGAGCUGAGGCUUGGUCCUCCAGGAGAAGACCAAUCUCUUCUCUCCCAGCAGGCUUGCAACAACAACAACAAUCAUGAAGCAAAACGGGUAUUUCAAGAAGCAUUUAAACCACAAGAAGAAGAGAAGAGAAUUAAUUGGUUAAUGUCAAACGAAAAGGGUACUGAUUCCAAGUGCCAAAAUCUCUCCUCUUAUUCUGAAAAUAUGACAGUGGAAGAAGUUGGUUCUGCUCAAUGGUCGUAUACUUCUUUACCAUCUUUAACUCUUCAGCCUGAGACCCAGUGGCACCAACAACACCAACAACAGCAGCCAAAGCUUUCGAGUCCUCCUGCUACUGCUUCCAAAUUUCCCAAUUCUGCUGCACCCAGUUGCUCCCAGAAAAGGGUGGUUGCACGUGCUCCAGCUGUGGUUGGGUGGCCUCCAGUCCGAUCGUUCAGGAAAAAUCUUGGAAGCAUCAGUUUUUCAAAGUCGACACCACUUAACGAUGAUGAAUUACCAAAACCAAUGGAAGCCAAUAAUGAUGGAAAACGUGAAGGGUCAGAGCAUGAACAUAUGUUUGUCAAGAUCAAUAUGGAAGGUGUUCCUAUUGGUAGAAAAGUGGACCUCAAAGCCUAUGAUAGCUAUCAGAAACUCUCCUACGCCAUUGACGAACUCUUCCAAGGCCUUCUUGCAGCUCAAAGAGAUUACUCAGCCUGUGAAAAGGAAAACAAGUUGGGAUCAGAUUCAGAUAGCAAACAAAUUCGCGAUAAUAAUUCGUUACAAGAAAACGGAGAAUACACUCUCGUUUAUGAAGAUAACGAAGGAGACAGGAUGCUUGUCGGUGAUGUCCCAUGGCAAAUGUUUGUAUCCACAGCAAAGAGGCUGCGCGUGUUGAAGAGCUCAGAGAUUUCUACUCUACGACUUGGUAGCAGUGAGCAUGAAAAGACACCACUUGAUGCUACAAUGGAAAUUGAAAUUGGGAGCUGAUGAGGACUGACAAGGCAGCUCAAAUUAAUUAAUUAAUUUUCAAAUAUUAUUCUCUUAAUAUUUGGUGGACAGCAAACUUGUAGUUCUAGGUUCUUUCGUAAUUUCAUAUCUGAAAAUCUCUUAGAAAAUAAUUUAGUCCGCCAACGCAAUGAGAGUGAUGACCUUAUAUAUUAAUAUGUAAAUAUUACACUAGUAUUCGUAAUGUAUGAUUUCUUUAUUAAAAAGCUUUUUCAUGCUUAA